CUUCGCAACUCUUUUUUGGAUCUAGUGAUCGCUUUUUGAAUUUGAAGAUCGCGUUCAGGUUACGGAUAAAAUCUGGCACAUCUUCUUCGUGUUGCGCUGAAAAAAAAGAUCGAGUCGAACCAUAAUACCCUGCGACCUUGUGGCCGCAAAACAUAAAAAAAAGCCAUGGAGAUGCAUCCAGGAACCGACCCACCUCACCGUAGCGGGGUCGAAUUCUACGGCGGGCGAGCUUAUGGUAGUUCUAGUUCCAGGUCAUCACCAAUGGGAUUUGACGACGAGGAAGACAUCACGAGAAGACGACAGCAGAGUGGCUGUCUUUCGCACAGUUACACAGGCGCAACAACUUGGAAGUCUCGCUUCAGCUGUAGAAGCUGGCGAAACAAAGGCCAAGAAGCUGUGAAUGUGGUUACUGACAGACGACACCGUUUACGCACAAGCGCUGUUCCUUCUCGGAGACGUCGCAGGUUGGAUUCGCUCUGGUGCAAUGCAGGAGCACAGCCCGGCUUUGGGGUCACGAUGAUGGCAGGUGGAAAGAUGAAACUCAAAUUUUUCAUCGGUAUCGCCUUCGUGCUGGCCAUACUAACCACUUUGACUUUCCUUACAUCAACGCUGUACUCACCCUCGUUCCUUCUCCCGGUCGUUUCCGCGAUUCCCUUCAUCGACGGUCCGCACCCGCUGCAUUGUCCGGAAAAGUUCGAAGAGCUCUAUGAGGCGGUGCAGAUGGGCGCCAAUCUGUACAACCAGAACGAGAUCCGCCAGGCUAAGCAGGUUUUGACCACCUACAUCCAGAAGUGGGCGAACACCGACCCGUUAGUGGGGAUGGAGUGCGCUUUGGGUAUGGCGUCUGCGUACCGAACGCUCACCUUCAGCUACUGUGCAAACCCGAGGACGAACAAUAGGCGCGCGUACCAGAUAGGACUGAGGAUACUCCACCAGGCGAUGAACUGGAUCACGCACGUGUUUGUGAAGUCGCAACACGACGCCGACAUGAUUGACGGGAGUAAGUGGCCGAUAACCAUCCAGCAGAUCAACGACGAACUGACGAUCAUACAAAAUGUGUUGAAGCAGGACGGUAUUCAGAACGGGCACCAGAUCCAUCCGCGGUUCGCGCCAGGGUUGAUCCCGCUCUCGUUUCAGCCGAAGAGCGACGCGGGCUGGGUGUCAGCGGGGAGCACGCCGAAGCACAACAUCAGAAUCGUCAGCCUUUGCGCCUACCCGGACGACCACGUGUUGCCAAGGUAUAGGAUUGGUUUAUUGAUGAAAUCUGAACGUUGGUGAACAAAAAGCUCGAGGUGAAGGUCGUGAAGAAAGCUGCGUCGAUCGAUCAAUCGCGCAAGGACCACAGGUUAUGCUCAUUCAAGAUCGCCUUCGCCGCACAACGCGUUGCAUCAUGCAGCGCGUUUUUGUGCAUGUGCGUCUUUGCAUGAAGCUUAGACACAAGAACCAAGACCACCAAAUUACAUCAGGUACGCCACGUCAAAUCACCAGAUCUAUGCGAAGAAGCACGGCUACAGCUACUACGUCGAGAAAAACCGCUUAGACCCCAACCGGCCGCACGCGUGGGGCAAGAUCAAACUCGUCGAGCAACAACUUUUAGAGCCGAACGGCCCGGAGUGGGUGAUGUGGUUCGAUUGCGACACCUAUUUCAUGAACAUGACUGUCACCAUCGAGUCCGUCCUGUACCGCUACGCCGGGAUACCGAAGGACGAGCUCAAUCAGGUGAAAUCCAACCAGCCGCGAUUCGAAACGAAAGCAAAGAUCCACAACACCAACGACAUCAUCCUCGACCCGAGUGUGCACAUGAUCAUUGCGGAAGACAAUGCGAUGCUGAAUUCCGGGACCUUUUUCAUCCGCAAGUCCGAGUGGAGCAUCAAUCUGAUGCGGACGGUGUGGGGGGACGCAAAGACCAGUCCCUGGGUAGACCACCCCUGGUGGGAAAACGCGGCGUUGACAUGGUACGUAUGAAGGGUUAUGUUGUUUAUUUCGAAAAAUGCAUCCUAACCUCCCCGCCUCUCAUUUGCGGAAAUUUUUCUUGACAAAAUCAAACCGAAAGUUCAGUGAGGCCUAAACACGCAUUGAACAUUCAAAAACAAAAACAGGAACUUCCUCAAAGACGUGCCCGUCACGUUCGUAGAGGACGAAUCACUGGAAACGUGGCCCACCCUGUCCUCCGGUGGAGCAGCGGGAAUCCAACUGGGCGGCGCGAUGAACAACGCGCCGCAACAAAGAAGCUUCUCCUCCCUUCCCGAAGAGGAACGAAACUACUGGAUAUCCAAGGAGAUGGAGAACAUUUACACGCCGGAAGUCCGCAUAGCCCCCCAGCACAUCUUCAACAGCUACCACCCAGUAACCAGCAGGUUUCAGCACGACACCUGGGAGGCGGGAAAGUACUUUUCGGGUUGUGUGGUUUUAUUGCAUGAGAGAUUUUUGCGCCAUGGGAGUUUAGCAUGACAAAGACAAGUUUUUACAACCUCUCAAACACAACUGUAUCAGGUACGUGCUUGCGUUCAACGGUGUUCUGAGCUCCACCAGCCCCACCGUGAUCCGUAUCCUGUACGGAAACUAUUACCGGGAGGCCUGUAAGCUCAACAAUGUAGAAUCCGAAUGCAUACCGGUGGUCGAGACCCUCCCCUGGCUGCAGAGUCACGAGUCGUUGAAGAAGGAGCUCUUCAAGGACGAAGAUUUGAAGAAGGCUGAGUUAUAAGCAGGUCAACACUGGAACUUGACUUUUAAGUCUAAUGUCGAAAAUGUCGCUCUCUCAUCUUCCGUCAGCGCUAUGUGUCAAGAUGUCACUGAUGUCAUCUGCAGCCAAAAGAAAAAGAUUACAUCAGAAAUGCAACUCACAGUGCCUAGAGGAGAUCGAUUUACACCUUGUUGACUGAUAGCGAAGCACCAUUCUGAUAGAUAAGCAAAAAGAAGAGAUUCCAUGAGCAAGUACAUCCAAGUUGCGAUAUUCAUCGGUCCAUGCAACUUGGAGACGAGAAU